AUGUACGUGGGCUAUGUGCUGGACAAGGACUCCCCCGUGUAUCCAGGCCCCGCCAGGCCAUCCAGCUUCGGUCUGGGCCCUCCGGCCUACGCGCCACCCGGCCCGGCGCCUGCACCCCCGCAGUACCCCGACUUCGCGGGUUACACGCACGUGGAGCCCGCGCCUGCGCCCCCUCCGACCUGGGCCGCGCCCUUCCCUGCGCCCAAGGACGACUGGGCAGCUGCCUAUGGCCCGGGUCCCGCGGCCCCCGCCGCCAGCCCGGCCCCGCUGGGCUUUGGGCCCCCUCCGGACUUUAGCCCGGUGCCAGCGCCUCCCGGGCCUGGUCCUGGCCUCCUGGCGCAGUCCCUCGGCGGCCCGGGCGCACCGUCCUCGCCAGGAGCGCAGAGACGGACGCCCUACGAAUGGAUGCGGCGCAGCGUGGCGACCGCAGGCAGCGGUGGCAGCGCUCCAGAUGUGGAAAAUGAGGCACACGAAAGGAUGAACACAACCCCUCACGCCGUCCCUUACUCCAUAGCCACAGCCAUUAACCUGGACUCUCGCCUCUGA